AUGACAGAGCGUAAGAUGAUUGACAUGUUCACCAGUACUUUGUCUGGACACUACUACUUGGCUUGUAGUGCUUCAGCAAAUUUUUUUGAAAUGGUGAGAUAUGGAGAGCGUGUUGAGAUAGGUCUAAAGAUGGGGAAAAUUCAGUUGAGAGCCUCUUCUAACACUUCUAGUGGCAAGAAGCAAGUUGAGGGUUAUGCCAGAAGGAAGGAAGGAAAUGUGGAUGCCAUAUAUGGAAGAAAGGGUCAAGGGAGAAAUAAUCCACAAGUUAAUGUUGUUUUUAUUCCUGUGCCGCAACAACAACAACAACAUCAGCAGGGACAACGUUCUAACAACAACCGAUAUCCUCCCAGGACUAGGCCUCACAGAAAUUUUGAUGUAAUUCCUAUGACAUAUUCCCAACUACUGCAACAUAUGCUCAAGAUUGGGAAGAUUACUUUGAGGGAUGCUCCGAAUGCUCCGGAUACACAGUCUCCAAACUACAAUGCAAAUACGCGUUGUGCUUUCCAUUCCGGUGUUGCAGGGCACGAUACCGAAAGAUGCAUUGCUUUGAAAACCAAGGUGCAGGACCUAUUGGAUCAGAAUGUGAUACAGUUCACACCAACACCGAACAAUGUCAACAAUACCAUGUCUACCCAUGGAGGAGGCGCUGGGGUGAACGCUAUUGAGGACGAAGGAAUAAGUGUUGUAUCUGAUGUGGGUCGUUUGACUUUUCCUCUUAUGUCUGUGAAACAACAUCUAGUUAAUAGCGGCAUUUUCCCCGGCUGUGGUGUUGAUUGUAGGAAUUGCAAGAAUCAACGUGAGGGCUGUACUGAUUUGAAGGAGAUGGUUCAGAGAUUGAUAGAUGAAGGUCCUCUCCAGUUCUAUAGAAAGAGGGGAAAGGAGAGGUUUGCAAAUGACGAGGUGGUGGUAAUUGACAUUCCAUAUGAUCCUGUGGCUCCUAUCUGUAUUCAGGUGCAUGUUCAGAUACCUAUUAUCAUUCCCUAUGCAGAGCAACCAGCAGCACUGAUGAUUAUUGUUCCUGGGCCGAUUCCAUACGAGAGUGAGAAGGCCAUUCCUUGGCACUAUGGUUCAGAUAUGUAUUAUUAUGGUACGAAGAAAGAGGGGCCAUCUAAAGAGAAAUUUGUGGAGACUGCAAUUGCCAAUGCUAAUAAUGUCACCGGUACUGAUAGAAUCACUCGCAGUGGUAGAGUGUUUUCUCCUCAAUCAGUACAAAACAAUGCAGAUGCUUUGGCAAAGGCCAGAGACAAACAAGUGGUAACUGAUAGUCAGAAUUCUCCGAUCCAGAAUGGGGCAAAUAAUAAUUCCGUGUCUUCUAAGGAUGUGGAAGAACUGAUAAGAAUUAUUAGGAGAUCAGACUACAAGGUUGUUGAGUAG